AUGGGAGGAUCUAUAGUAGAUACGCGGUUUUAUAGAAGUGAUCGUGAUACAAUCUAUAAGCUUGUGCUUUCAUAUAGUAUGAAGGCUAAAAUUGAAGAAGAUAUGAAGCGUAGGACUAGAAGAGGAAAGAAGAAAAGUGAUGAGGGUAAGAAAAAUAUUGUGUGUGCUAGAAGAGAUAGAAUGAGUGAACUUAUCAAGCAGAUGGUCGAGCAUAGAGAACCUCUUUUACUACAGAUGCUCGAGUAUAAUUGGGCUGAAUUAGUAUACAAUGUGUUGCAUACUGCGAUGGAUAAGGCUAAGAAAACCAUUACUAAGAUGUCUGAGGGAAAUCGAUCUAGAGGUGGUUAUAUGAGGGGUUUUGCCUCGGUUUUGGUGAUAAGGAGGGAUAAAUUUGGUGAGGAGGAAGAGGAUGUUGAUAGUGAUGGAGCAGAUAAGGAUGGCAUGGAUGAUAAGGAUGAUAGUGAUGGUGGUGAUGAGGAUGAGGGGAACGAGGAGGGGGAUGAUGAGGGGAAUGGGGAGGAUGAGGAGGGAAAUAAUGAGGGGAACGAGGAGGAUGAGGAGGGGGGUGAUGAGGGGAAUGAGGAGGAUGAGGAGGGGAAUGGUGGAGAUAUGGAUGAGGAUGUCGGUGGGGAUGCGGAGGUUGGUGAAGAUGUUGAUAGAUUGAAUGUAGAUAAAGAUGAUGGUGGGGAUGGUGGUAAUGAUUAA